CUCUGUAGCAGCGGCGGUUCUGGAGGUCCUUACACCGCCGAGUGACGCGCUCAGCCCGGGCCUGUGGUCCGCGUUGCCUCGCCUCGACUGUCUGCGCCGGUUGGCUCUGGAGUAGGGUGCACACCGGGGGUUUGGGUGGAGUUCUUGCCCGCUCUGAGGAAUGUGACGCACGGACGGGAGGGAGACGCACGUCGGCGGUUUCACUGAGGGAAGAUACUAUUACAAAGACAGGAGAGGAGGCGACCUCUGAGAAGUUAGGAGGGUGAAACUGUACUCGUUUACAUCUACUCAAUCCUGAGCCGGGACUUUCUGUCCCAACUCCUAUUCCAAAGAUGCCAAACCGAUCUCAGAGUUCAUCGAUUGGGGAUAACCCCCUAGACCCAAACUACCUGCCCCCCCAUUACCGUGAGGAGUACCGCCUGGCCAUCGAUGCUCUGAUUGAAAAUGAUGUAAAGGGCUACUAUGAGUUCCUUCAGACCGCAGAUGUGGUGGGUUUCUUGGCACAGCCAGAAAUCGACUUUAUCAAAUCCACAAUCCAGACGCCCAACCUGUCAGCUAGCAUGCCAGAGCUGACAUACACUGACGGAGCACACGAGAUGGAUGGCUCCUCUGAUACCUAUUGGCCAAUGCAGUCUGACCUGGCCGCCCCGGGGCUGGACCUUGGCUGGCCACUGCCACAGCACAGCUUCAGGGGGCCCACAGAGGUCACCACUCUGGUCAACCCCUCUGACCCAGACAUGCCAAGUAUUAAGGAGCAGGCCAGAAGGCUCAUCAAAAGUGCAUGUCAGGUCAUCGCAGUGGUGAUGGACAGAUUCACAGACGUUGACAUUUUUGCUGACCUUUUGGAUGCGACAGCAAGACAUGUUCCUGUUUAUAUUCUGCUGGAUGAGCAUGAAGCCCAUCACUUUGUCUCCAUGGUCAUCAACUGCAAAGUCAACUUGGAACUAAAUCCUAUGAUGCGUGUAAGGACAGUGGCAGGAAUAACCUACCAUUCCCGGACUGGGAAAUCAUUUAAAGGCCAGGUGAAAGAUCGCUUCCUGCUGGCUGACUGCAGAGCUGUACUCAGUGGUAACUACAGUUUCAUGUGGUCUUAUGAGAAGAUCCACCGUUGUAUUGCCCACCUCUUCCUUGGGGAGCUGGUUGCCACUUUUGAUGAAGAGUUUCGUAUUCUCUUUGCUCAGUCAGAGCCUCUAGUCAUUGACCCGUCUGAUGGAGCUCUUGCACUCUCCGACACUAGCAGCACCAAUAGUUACUUUGGCGCCCAGUAUGGUUUGAAGAGGACCCAGUCUUUGCUUAACCCCAUUAGUUACCGCAGGCAGCCUGAGAUUACCUCCGGCUUCCCCUUUGGAGACUCAGAUCGUAACCUUGCACUUACUUUUCGGAGGAACGACCCAUUUCGUCACACUGUGGAACCUGGGGCUGGAAUUACAAUCGGGAAGUAUUCACAGCAACAGUUUCGUCUGCAGCAGUCGUAUCUGGAGCAGGGAAGGUCAAUCGUGUCCAGGCAGAUGGAGCUGAAUACCAGUGCCUUUAAGAGGCACAGCUAUGCCGAGGGAACACAGGAGAAUUAUAUUUCUUCAAGGCAGUACAUGAAGCACAGAGUCAUGAAUAACCUGGAUGAGACGGACUUCCACAGGGAGCAGGUCAAAAGCAGCCAUUUCUACAGCGAGGGGCCUGGGCCGGGUUCAGGCCAAGGACACUACGACAGACUUCGAGGUCGCCCUCCACAUCUCUCUAUCGAUCAAUAUUCAGAAUCAAGUUUUCGCUCUGAUCAGGAGCCUCCACCAGGCAGAGAAUAUUUUUCAUCUGAGGAUUUGAGAGGACCUGAGGGGCAUCAUGCACCUCCAUUAGCUGGGAGGUAUGGAGGAGAGUCCGGUCAUAAGAGGCCAACAAUAGGUCAGGCAUAUGCCUGUCAGAGCUCCCCCACACAGCCUCAUCCACCAGAGAAAAGACAUUUUCCCAAACAGUCUGAUCAAGAGCAUGAACAAGAUGCAGAAGCUCGGCAUGGCUUGAGGAACUGGAGAAUCCAUUCCUACCUAAGCUCUUAUGAGGAUGGUGGAGAAGAGGGUCUACCUCAGCCUCUUGGGCCUGAUGCAUUUGAAGAUCCUCAACUAUCUCAGCAGCCAACUGACACAGAAAGUUCAACUCGCUUUGGAACAAAGGAGCAACUGAAUGUUACCUCCAAACCCAGACCAGAAAUCCAAAGACCACGCUUUGGAAAGCCCAUGCUACCUGAGAGCAAAGACUCUGCACCAACAUCAAUCGGUGACUCUAAACCUUUUACACUGGAGAAAAAGGAAAGGGAGGCUGCAAAAGACAGAGAGAGGGAGGCAGAUAGGGGUGCAACAAGGGAAGUUGGUGUUGAUGUUGAGAUGAAAGAGGGUCCAGAGCUCCUCUUGUCCAAACACGAAUCAUUUCGCACACGAAUUAACCCACUCCUCCAACGUAGUUCUCGUCUGCGUUCUUCACUCAUAUUCUCAUCGUCCAAGGCAGAAAUGCACAGUGGCAGCCUGGGCUUAAAACCAGCAACAGAGACAGAGGAGGAGUUAGACACAUUGCGCACCUCUUCCAUUGUGGCCCAGAUCCUAGAGAAGAGAAGAUCGUUGUCCCGUGAGCCUUUUGAAUGGAGAAAGAAGAUCGAGGAAAAAGAUAAGGAAAAGGAAAAGCAAAAGGAGAUGGAGAAAGAGAAAGAACAAGAGGAUAAAAAACCACUGCCAGUGGAAAAGGAUACCAGACUUAAAGAUGAAAUUCAAGCAAAACCAGAACCUCAAAAACUUAAGGAAGAGGUGAAGCCAGCUCCAGCUGUCGAGAAAUCUGAAGUAACAACAACAACUUUGAACAUGAAUGACCCAGCUAGUCGACUGCAGUAUUUCCAAGACCUUGCUGCUAAGAGAAAAGCCUCAAAAAUGGGGACGGAGUCAUCACUUAAAGUUACAGAACCUGCCGAGAAAAAGCCAGACCUUUCUGACAAACCUCCCAUGAUUACAGAAACACCUCUAACAAUCCCAACGGUCUCUGUUACUGCAGCAGAAUCUGAACCAAAAAGGCCAGACAUCUCAGCAAAACUGGCCGAGCUCACUCGCAAACCUUCGAUUAGUUCUGGAAAACCACCAAUAAUCACUGCCAAGCCUUAUGUGAGCCCCCAGAAAACUUCAGAGACAAGCCAAACUCAAAAAGAGGAGACUGCAUCAGAGGGUCAAAAGAAGGAUAUAUUUAAGUCCCUAAAGCCCCUUCCUUCACCAAAGAUCUUUAAGAGGGACCCACUGAAGCUCAAGGCACUGAAUCCUCGUCGAAUCUCUUGUGGUGAAGAGAUACUGACAACAGAUGCUACCGAUGCAGAGAAGAGUGAACUAAAAAAGAGCCGCUCUCAAAGUUCAUCCACUCUGCCACGUGACGAGUCAUUGCAUAAAGUUAUGGGAUCAAAUACAUCCAUCAAUACACUUGGGGAGGUGAAAGGUGAGGGCAAGACACUUGACUUCUUAAAGAAGCAGACGCAGAGGCUAAAAGGAUUCCUGGGGCCAAAGGACAAAGACAAGAAAUCUACAGGAGAUGAUAAGGGCAUGAACCCAGUCAAAGAGAUCACUGAUGAUUCAAGUAAAAAGCCAAGCUCAUCAGGAAAAAGUACAGUGCCUACAAAUACUGAUCAAACUUCCUCCAAUCAUAAGACAACAACUACAACCACAACAGGCCCAACCAGAUACCAGGCCCAGGGCAGCUCUGUGAUUUUUAGUAGCAACCUAAGAGAUGACACCAAAGUCAUUCUUGAGCAGAUUUCCGCCAACAGCCAGAAGAAGCGGGAAGAAACAGGGGGGGAAAAAGAAAGUGACAGUGGGGAUAAGGGGCUUGAGAGGCAAAACUCCUUGAAAAGGAAUCGGUUUCUGCGACCGCCAGGCAACGUCUCGGAGCGGGAAGGAUUACUGAAGAGGAUAGAGAGUCUGAGGAAGGAGAAGAAGGUCUACAGCCGCUUUGAGAUGGGGAAUAACCUUGGAUAACGAGAGAUGGAGGAGCAACCUUUUAUACGGAAACUAUUUAUAAAAGAUGAUCAAAGAGACCACUUGCCCAAAUGUGCCAACAAUACUAUCGAAGUACCUCUGUGGCUCAACACCUCAGCCUCUCCUGGACUUUUGUACAAAGCAAUAAAACUUGAAAAGAAUAUAUAAAAACACUGAAAACAAACUCAGGCCAUUGAGUUUGGAAUGUGCCCUUUUGCCAAGCAUUGGCACUACUUUUACCUUUUAUGGUGACUGAGAGAAAGAAGAUUGACUCUACUUGCACACUGGCUGCAUGGGCUAGUGUUUCACCAAACAGAGAGGUAGGGCAGAUUACCAAUCACUCGUCUUGUAUGAACAUGACUGUAGGAGCUGAAGAGAAUAAGAGGAAGAAAGUACAUAUUGGUCCUGAGGGAAUAUGAAUGCACAUGUGUACUGCCACUGUUGUAAGACUUUGAAAGCGUCAGGUAGAAUUUGUUUAAUACUGAAUGGAGACUGUCCCAGUGGAUUCUACAUGUGCUGAUGAUUGGAAAAGUCUUCGCCAGUGUAAGAAGGACCACUAGCAAACAGGAAAGGGAAAAUAUGUUGAUAUAAAGAGGAGCAGACUUUAAAGAAGUGAAGGUUGAAAAUUUAAGGACAAGUAUGUGACAUAUUGGAAAAAGUAAGUGAGCAAAAAUAAAUAAUGCAUAGUGUGCUUACUAAAGCUGAAGUAGGAUAAGUAAGGAUUCAAUCAAAGAGCCUUUAGUGAACUUUGCCCCCUAAGGUAAGCGAUAUGUACCUUUCCAUUUAGGUGUGGUCCUACUAAACAGGGUUAAGGAGGUGAAAUAACCAGUUAGAGAGAGACGCCUGCCAGUGUUCAUGGUUAGAGGAGAGGACUUUGAUGUGCAAGCAAAAUAGUUUGAGUUAAACUGUACACAGCCGACAUGACAUUACUUUGAAAAAAAUAAGCCAUUUUAAAAUGUUCCCUUAUGGCUAUUUAGCUAGUCGUCACCUGUAAAAGAAAAGGAAAAGAACUGACACACUUAGCGAGGUACUGCCUGCUUACACAAGUCAUCUAACUCUUUGAGCUACGCCCUGCACAGGACUUCAAACUCCUUUGUUUGGUCUAAACACCGCUAAACCAAAGGUUUAGUUAUAUUGUACAGUUCUCAGGCUGCUUGACAGCUCAGCUGAGCGCAAAAUAAUUUCAUGUGUUGUUUUACUAAAUCAUCAAGAUUGGGUGGUCUUUUGCUAUGCAGACACAUCAGGGUUGCAGUUCUCUCAUGGGAUAAUGUAAAUAGUUCUGUAAAAAGUGCUACUCCUAACAGAUAGGAUUAUGGUCACCAUCACCUUACUUUUGAUGUGUUUAUUUUUAAAUAAUUUGUAAAUAUGUGGUCCUGGCUGUAUAAACCAAUUGGCAUUGAUUAGGGGAAGUGUGUGGUUUUCAGAACCUGAGAUAGUAUUACCUUGUUUGGAAAUUUUCAAGCCAUU